AUGCCACAAAAGACUGCAUUGGUGACAGGGGCCACCGGACUACUCGGCCGGCAGGUCUUCAAGGCCUUCGAAGCUUCCGGCUGGACUGUCAAGGGCACCGGCUUCUCUCGAGCCAAUGGCACAACAGUCCUCAAAGUCGACCUGGGAAGUCCGGCCGAUGUUGAGAAGGCUCUGGAUGAGACCAGGCCCAGCGUUGUAGUUCACUGCGCCGCAAAUCGCUUCCCUGACAAGGUCGACAAGGACCCAGAGGGAACGCGCAGGCUCAACGUCGAGGCCACCGGCGCCCUCGCGCGCCUCUGCGCCACCCGGGACAUCCUGCUCAUCUACAUCUCUACCGACUACGUCUUCUCCGGCAAGCCGGGGGACGCCCCAUACCAGGCCGACGCCGCCACCGGCCCGACCAACCUCUACGGCCAGACCAAGCUCGACGGCGAGGCCGCCACCCUCGACGCGUUCAAGAGCGCCGGCAAGGAGCGCCUGGGCGUCGUGCUCCGCGUCCCCGUCCUCUACGGCCCAGCAGAGUCCCCCGCCGAGAGCGCGGUCAACGUGCUCAUGGACUCGGUCACCAAGGCGCAGAGUCCCGGUGCCAAAGUCAAGAUGGACCACUGGGCCCUGAGGUAUCCGACCAACACGGAGGAUGUGGGUCGCGUAUGUCACGGUGCGUCUUGUCUCUCUCGCUCUCUCCCCCCCUUGCUUCACCUGCCACAUUCCUCAGCGACAGACUCGCCCCUGUUAGGAAGGCAUGUCGUUUUGACUGACUUCCCUGCCAAUCCGCGAUUAGACGUGGCCGUAAAGUACCUAGCGUCUCAGGACCGGACCUCGUUACCACGCGUGCUGCAGUUCUCGAGCGAGGACAAGUACACCAAGUACGAGAUAUGCCAGCUGUUCGCCGAGAUCAUGGGCCUGAACAUCGACAACAUGGAGGCAAACGCCGAGGGCAACGACCCCAACGCGAGUGUGCAACGGCCGUACGACUGCCACCUGAGCACCAAGGCCCUGAAGGACUUGGGCAUCGACGUGUCCACCCAGGACUUUGUCGGCUGGUGGCGACGCGAGAUGAGGGCAUUCAGACACUAG